GAGACGUUGGAACUACAUUCAAGGCACCUUUUUGACUUCUCAAACGGAUCUCCAGGCCUCUCAACUAUAAAUUGGUCAUAUCCCUUCAUUCUUUACUCAUUCCAAUCAUCCUCUCUCAAAUAUUCAUCAUAUCUCUUCAAUUCUUGCUAAUGUUCUUCAAUUUUUAGCCAAAAAUCCUGCAAAUUCUCCCUCCCAUAUUUGUUGAAAUGGCAGGAGGUCAAAGAAAAAGAUCCCGCACCGGCAAGAACGUUGCCUCCUCCUCGGCUCCUCCACCACCGGCGCACAAAUAUAUCGACGGGUCUUUCUUGUGGUUCAACGACUGCGCUGAGGCGACGCGGUUCUCGGAGAAGUUUGAGCACCGGAAAAUUCUCCCUCACCGGUUCUCCACAGGCCGCUUCAUUCACAGUUCAAUUCCACGCCAGGCACGGGUCAUCCUCCAAGAAGGACACUUUCUCGACCUCCUCUACAUCAAGAAGAACGACUACCAUCCUUUUCUUGUUCGAGCUUUCUAUUCGAACUUGAAAAAGGAUGAGGACGGAGCGUUGAUUUCUAACGUCAACGGGGUGGACAUCUAUUUGAAAGAGGAAAACAUUCAAAUCCUCACCGGGCUUCGUCGGGACGGACAGGAUCUCGGGCUCUACGUCGGAGAAGAAGGAGCGCGGUUCAACGAGACCGCCCUCUUGGAGGAAGUGGGCAUUCGAAACUUCGUCCCCACUCCCCAACAGCGGCGCCCUACGAUUGCUUCCAUGAGUCCUGUGUUUCGAUUCAUUUUUUAUGUUUUGACACGGAUUCUCAAGCCUAGGAAGUUCAAUCACACCACUCUCUCCCAAGAGGACACAAAGACGAUCCAUGCGAUGAUUCACAACGCCAAUAUCAAUUGGUGUAAAUUUGUGAUGACUCACAUGUUCAACGCCACCUCCGACAACCGGCCGCUCCCCUAUGCUCUCCUUGUCAUGGCAGUCCUUGAUGAGUUCCACAUCAAGACGGACGUCGGGCCAAAAUGCAAAGGAACAAAGCAUUGGGAGAUUGACGAGUCUUCCUUCCACUCGGGAACCGAUGAAGCUACGUUCCCGCAGCCUCGUCCUCGCCGCCAACCGAGAGCCACUGCCUCGACCGCCGCCGCUUCAACCAACCCUUCUCUUGCCGAGCAAAUGGCGGCUUUGACCACCACCCUCUCUCGGAUAGACACCAACGUCUCCAAAACGGCACACAACGUCAAUAUCUUGAGCCGUGAGCUUCACGGGUAUUUUGACUUUGUCAAUUACCCGUACGCUCAAAUGGUCCCCUACGUUCCUCCACCGAAUUUCGGAGGUGAACAGAGUGGGACUCAAAACGUUGGUAGGGACGACGCGGUGGACGAAGACGAAGAAGAUGAUGAUGAUGAUGAUGAUGAUGAUGAUGAUGAUGAUAAUGAUGAUGAUGAUGAUGAUGAUGAUGGCGAUGGUGAUGAAGAUGAUGAAGAAGAAGAAGACAUUGACGAAGAACUUCUCAAUGAUCUUUCCCCGGAUUUCUAAGAGCUCUUGCUCUACUUUCUUCUCUCCCUUAUUUUAUCAUCUUUUAAUAUGCUUUCGUUAUGUACUACUCUAUUUCCCUUCAAUAAUUAAUAUAAAUCUUUAUGGUUUUUGUUAUUAAAUCUUUUUGUUAAUG